UUUAGCACUUUUCUUCUUUUCAUUAUAACCAGUCAGUUCUUAUUAGGCAGAAAAGCCAAGUUAGAGAGCCUGAGAAAGUUAGAGAGCAAAAUCAUUCCAGAGAAACUUUCUCAUUAUCCAAUGUUUUCCCUCCCACACAGAAGAGUGCAGCCCAGAUGCCCUCAGUUCUUAGAAAUGAGUAGAAAAAGAAGAAAAAGCUGCAAGGGCAGAAAGAGCUCUGAUUCCAGAGAAUAUGAACAGUUGUCACCCAUUUGUAAAUGCCAACAAAAUGUAGGAAGCCUUGAAAAUAAAGCAGAUGAGGCUCUGGCUUGCUUCACUGAGCCACUGGACGUAAAGGGUACUGAAGAAGAUGGAAAAAAUCAUGAAAACAAGAAUCAGAGUAGCUCGGAUGCAUCUGAAGAUAAAGACCUUGAUAAUGUAUCAGACAGCGAAAAAGAAGGAAAGAAAGAAAAGAACUAUCCUCCUCAAAUGUUCUCUCCUCAACAAGAUGAGAUCCUAACUACAGUCACUUUUGGUGAAUCAGAGGGCUCAUCCACAGGAAAAAUUACACUAUGGGGCAAGCCAGACCCUGCAGAGCUGGUUAGCUCGACUACUGGGAAAAUUACUGCAGAAGUAAAAUGUGGUUCUUUUAGUGUCAAAGUAGAAAUUAAGAACGUUUCUUUGUUUGAUUCUGGAACAAAUCUUGUAGCUGGAAAACAGAAAAGUUCAAAGAACAAUAAAGAUUGUCAUGAAAGGCAAUACCAGAAAAGCCAGUGUUCAAAAUGUUCAAAGUACCAGUGCCCUUUAACUGACCACUCAGCAGAACACAGUGAGCAAUAUAAGGGAUCCUCUAAACAUAAAAUUCAAACUGAUGUCCACAAAAAUGCCUCCCUGAAAUUGACCAUUGACACAAAGGAAAUUGAAGUGGAAUUUACCAACAGAAAGAAAAACCUAAAGGUUAGCAUCAAACCGGGUGAACAGGCACAGAGCAAACCCUGCAACAGGGAACACGAAGACACAUAUUGGAGUGAAACAGAUUAUUCUGUAACAGAGGUGCAUCGCAAUACAGAUUGUGAGUCAUUUAGCUUCUGUGAAAAAGUAGGCUAUACAUUCCUAGAUGGAUGUACACUUCUCCCUCCACCUCAGGAGUUUGCUGACUGUGACAAAACGCAUUUGGAUACAAUUGCAGAGAGAGUAUCUUUGUACCCUAUUAGUGACAGAAAAGAAUCUGACAUCCUCUCCCCAGCCUUGAAAAAUUUCGAGGAAGAAAGCUAUUUCUGUAAAUAUAACAAAAAGGACUGUGGAGAGCACAGCAGUGAAAAGGAAGAUUUUUCAAAAGACAAAAUACUUUUCUCAAAAAUAGAUAAUACAAAUUGUCUUGUAGCUAGUAAUACUUGGAAUAACCCAAACUCUGGGAAGAAUAUCACUAUACAGAACUUGGUAAGUGUCCUGACUUGA